AUUUGCAGACGGCUCUCUACGGGAAUACACAUAGUUUCACGUCCAUUUGAGCCUAUUAUAUAAACUGAUUAACUUCUGUUCUGGAUCAUCAUCUUCAUUGCUGUAGUUCUACGAAUAUGUUUUUUCAACUCGUCUGCAUUCUAGCUGCCUGCUUGCAAGGUGGGCUCACACAUGAUAGGCCUACACGAGAGGUGAAGUCAGUUUGUGGAGAGGACUCAAUUCUUAAAUGUAAAGCAAUAUGUAAGCCUGGGGUCCAGUACCGGGCAGUGAAGUGGUACAUGCUCGGUGAGGAGCCCUCUAAUAAGGUGUCUGGUCUAUUGAUGAAGAGGCUAUCACCUAACAGCACCACCCAAUGGUACGCCGGUCUGGAGCGUGAAGUGGAACUUUUGGCUGAUGAUUCUUUCGAUAUCUUCCUGCCCAAUGUAACAGCUGUUGAUAGCGGGAGGUAUAAGUGUCUCCUGGCAGCACCUGUAGGAGAACAGAACCAGGAGGGGCAGGUUCACCUCAGAGUGACAGGUUGCCUUGAGUCCACAGACCAAUCAGAAGAAAGGGAUACCAUCCUAGUUCUUUCCAUUGUGGGGCUUGUGGCAGCAUUGCUGAUAUUCACCAUCAGCUAUGUCAUCCUACGGAAUAUGUUAUUGCAAAGGAGUAAGAAGUAUCCACAAGAACCACUUCUAGAUGCACACCUUGAGAAGAAGGAUUUAAUGUUGAUCUACACUCUGGGGCCAAACUGGUCAGGACAGGCUUCCAUAAAACAUGUCUGUGUGUGAGAGCCUGUUCUGCUAGUUUGGGCUCAUUGUAUACUUGAAUGUGAAGAGGAAAUGCAGAGAAAGCUUUGAAGCUGAGCAAGGAGCCUAAGAGGAGCUUAAGAGUCAUGUCUACUUUCCAGGAGAAGAGUUCACCUCUAGAGCAGGGAGGCAGACAACCCUCUGGCCGGGUCUGUAGAACUAAGAUGUGUAGGCUUUUCAAAGAAAUGAAACAGAAACAGAAGCCUACACCCUUUCACUCAGACAGCCAAACAGCAGUACAGCCAGGCUUGGGCAGCAGUUCUCCAGCAACGACUGCUUGUCUGCAGCAUUCACACACCUGAGAUGCUCAAGAAGCAGGGCCUAGUGAAGGGACCCCACGAUCUAAGCCCCAAGAUCUAACCUCGACAAGGAGCUUCAGGAAAGGGAGAAGGAAUAAUUCAUGACAAGGGGUCAUUCUGCAGGGUCGCUCCAUGGCAAUGUUGGGGUUAAACCCAUUUACAUUUCAGUCAACCCAGGAAUUGAAGUUGACGUUGAGUUUGAACUGGAAAAUGACCAAUGUGUGCAGCAUUGAAUUUCAUGCCUAAUUAAAUUCCUGUAUUGACUGGUAUUGAAAUGGAAUUGAUCUGAGCACUGUUUCAUGGGGCUCAUUCGUGUUGGAAGGGUUUGGUCACGCUGGACUCUGCACAGAGAGAUGAAACCAACCAAGACGGCAUUCCAUCUGAGACAAGCAAAGCUCCCAAUGAACUCUAAUGUUCAGGCAUAAUUGAUAACUUUUUGUUAUUUUGUGAGGCCAAAACAGUAUUUUAUUAAUUUCUGUUUUUCUACAUAGUAUGCUGUUUGAAGUGCUAAAUGGCUGGCAACAAAUCUCUACCUAUUUCACACGACACAUUCUGUUAUAUUUUAUACUACCUUGACAUUAGUCAUUUCCGUUACCUGUCAAUGUUGUAAUGUGCACAUUUUAAAAUGGUUGAUCACAAUUAUCCUCAAGGAUAACACAAAGUGUUAGCUGAAAUAUUAUAUUUUGGAUAGCUGUUUGAAUUGUUAUACAUAAAUGCCCCUUUACUAA